AUGAUUAAAGCUUACAAGUACAUAUCGCAGAAGACGAAAGACUCCAAGUCUCCCGCACCAAAGCCACUUUGUGCACAUCGCUCGCAAUGGUACCAACUAGAGUCGACGAACCGCGAAGACUCCGAGUCCUUGGAAAGGCCUAUGUCUGGCUCCACAAAAGGAUUGAGUCCUGCUACAGGUACUGAUAAAUGCAGGCUGUGUAAGGAGCAAAAGCACAAUGCGCGAGUGUAUCGCGUUAAGCUCAUUGCUGGUCUUACGCUGCCGUUUACUCUCUCCACACUGGACUUAACUAUCGUUGCUACUGCGACCUCGACUAUCGCAUCUCACUUUAACCAGUUCGAUGAGCUGAAUUGGAUCAUAACCGCCUUUAGUCUCACAUCAACCACCUUCAUUCCCAUAUUCGGUCAGCUUGCCGAUGUCUUUGGGCGUCAUAUUGUACUGCAGACGGCGUUGUUUUUCAUGCUUAUUGGGAGUGUCCUGUGUGCAGCUGCGCAGACAUGGGGUAUGCUGCUGCUGGGUAGGGCUUUGCAGGGUGUCGGCUCUGCGGGUCUGAACAAUAUCAUUAUGAUUAUUCUUGCCGACAAGGUGUCCUUGAAGGAGAAUGCAAGGAAUAAGUCUAUAUUCACCAUCUUUGGAGGAGUGGGAUAUGCUGUGGGCCCGGUUAUCGGAGGGUAUCUUACUGAUAGCAAUUGGCGAUAUUGCUUCGUUGUGCCUAUUCCUAUUGCUGUCCUCAGCCACAUCAUGAUCUUUGUGCUGCUGCGGAAUGACCUUGUCGAAGGAACCAUGUUCAAGAAGGGCUCAAGAUGGUCCUCGAUACUCCCAGCACUUGCUACCAUAGAUCUUGGAGGAUCGAUCCUUUUCAUAUUUGGUGUUGGCCUCAUCAUCCUAGGCACUACAUGGGGUGGCGCCACUUACUCCUGGUCGUCUCCUCAGGUGCUGGCACCAUUGAUCAUCGGUGCAAUCUGCUUCAUCGCAUUCUUUGUGUACGAGUACCUCCUUGAACCAGGUAGAUUGUUCGCACGCAUCUUCCCGAAGCACGUGGCGAUGCUUCCAUACGGCCUUUUCGAACGAACAGACACAAUCUGGCUUGCCAUAGUGAACUUUUCCACUGGCGUAGGUUACUCUACCUCAAAGGCAGGCCUAGAACUCUUAUACUACAUCCCCGGACUAGGAGCAAUAUACUUUUGCAACGGCUUCCCUCGCCAAACCUUUUUUCCCCUCCUCAUGGGAGCAGUGCUUAGCACCGUCGGUCUCUCAGUAGUGGCUUACGCCAUCAGCGCACAAGAGACCAGCCUGCUAAGCGGAAUGCUGGUCAUCACCGGCGCUGGAGUCGGACUGCGCCUGAUGCCAUCCUCGCUCCACACAGUGGGCAUCUGGCCGGAGCGGAUAGCACCAGCGAUGUCUUUGAUGCAGGUCUCGCUUCCCUUUGGGGGCACGCUCGGCUUGACCAUCAUGACCAGUGUCUUCAAUAACAAGUUCGGCCGCUCCUCUGCCUUAAGGGGCCUAGAGGGGACGGGCAGCUCGCUGAACGUCCAUGAUACCGACUCGUUAGCAUUUCUCGACAAUCUGCCCGCAGCAGUGCAAGACAGCAUCCGCAUGGCUGCUAAGAAUGCCAUCAUGUGGGCAUUCAUCUCGAUCAUCCCCAUAGUAGGACUGAGUCUCUUAACGACUACAUUCAUGGGCAACGUCUGGGUAAACGUUCGAGGAAAGAACGACGGAGAGCACGUCGGGGAAGACGAUGGCGAGGGACGGAGCGAAGUCAUUCACGUUCCUUAUUUAUGGGCUCUUGCCAAGGGCACCAUAAACACCCACAAGCGCAUCAGCAAGCCCAUCUCAAGCAACACACAGCCACCAUCACCACUCCGUCAACCCACCCUACAACACAGCACAGCAUAG